AUGUCUGAUUUCGGUGGCUCCAACGGCGGUGGCUCCGAGCCGCCUGCUCGCGCCGCAUCUCCCACUCCGUCUCAGAAGAUGCGCAUCGAGGCCAAGCGCGCCGAGAACGACGCCAUCAAGGCCGAGAACUUCCAGAAGGCCCGCGACAAUGGCUGGGUCGACACCACGCCAAUGGACUACACUCGCCAGAACGGCGACGGCGAGUGGUACGGCAGCGGCGGCAAGUAUGAGUGGAAUGAUGAGUUUGGCGAGGUCGCUCCCGAUGUUCCUGAGCUCGAGGCCAUCCUGUUCGGCUCAGAGCAUCAGGCUCGUGUCGGCGAGCACAUGGAUGCUCUCGAGGAGGUCAAGGUCAACCUUGAUGGUCCCUUUCACUUCCAGCCCAUCUUUAACUUCGACGAUGCCGGCCUGCAUCCCACUGUUCUCCAGAACAUCAAACUCGUCRGCUACCGGACUCCGACCGCCAUUCAGCAGUACACCAUCCCCGCCGUCCUGUCUGGUCACGAUGUCGUGGCCAUCGCUCUGACUGGCUCCGGCAAGACCGCGGCCUACCUCAUCCCUGUCUUGAGUAAGCUCAUGGGCAAGGCCAAGAAGCUGCGCGGUCCUCGUCCGCAAGUCGACCACACUAAGCCCGGCUACGAUCACCGUCGCCACGGCGUCCGCGCCGAGCCUCUCGUGAUCAUCAUUGUUCCAACCCGCGAGCUUGCCAUUCAGAUCUUCGACGAGACCCGUCGCAUGUGCUACAAGUCGAUGCUGCGCCCAUGUGCCGCUUAUGGCGGCUACCCAAUGGCAGAGCAGGUCAACGAUCUCAGCAAGGGCUGCGACAUCCUGAUUGCCACUCCUGGUCGUCUCUGCGCGCUCAUGGACAAGCCCGAACUCAUCACCAUGUCUCGUGUCAAGUACACAAUCAUCGACGAGGCCGAUGAGAUGCUGGCCCAGGACUGGAGUGAGGAGGUCACCAAGAUCCUCAAGGGCGGCGACUCCAACGAGGAUGCCGACCAUAUCUACAUGCUGUUCUCCGCAACCUUCCCAAGAGACGCUCGCGCAUUGGCUAGAGAUCUCAUGUCUGAGGACCACUUCCGUAUCCGCGUUGGCCGUCCUGGCCAGUCCCACAAGAACAUCGACCAGGAGAUCAUCAAGGUUGACUCGGACAUGAAGAACAAGGCUUGCCUUGAUUUCCUCAUGUCCAUCGAGGAGCCAGGCCGCACUCUGAUCUUCUGCAACUCCAAGCCUGCCGUCGAUCAACUCGACGACUUUCUCUUCAACAUGGGUCUCCCAACCACCUCUAUCCACGCCGACCGUGAGCAGACUACUCGUGAGGAUUCCAUUCGCGCCUUUCGCACUGGCCGCUGCCCCAUCAUGGUCGCCACCAACAUUGCCUGCCGCGGUUGGGAUGUCGCGGGCAUCAAGUAUGUCAUCAACUUCGAUCUUCCCAAGAAGGAUUACGGUGGCGUUCCCGAGUACGUUCACCGCAUCGGCCGCACUGGUCGCAUCGGACACAAGGGCAAGGCUCUCUCCUUCUACACUGACCGCGAUGAAGAUCUCGCUCAGGGCCUCGUCAACGUCCUCAUCGAGUGCGGAUGCGAGGUUCCCGACUUCCUUGACCACCUCAAGCCAGAGGAGGGCGCCGAGAUCGACUUUGACGACGACUCCGACGCUGGAGAGGAUGAGGCUGGGGCUGAGAAUGGUGCUGAGGGUGAGGAUGGCGCCGAUGGUGGCGCUGCCGUCGUCUCUGACUGGUAA